CUCAUCUCUUACUAGUCAUCUCAAACGCAAGAAAGCCCGUGUGAAAAAUAAAAUAAAAACCAUCUAGUUCCUGAACGCUCAAUUGACAAUGGGCGAGUUUCAAGCAACUUCAGACCGCUUCCUGGCGUGGUUCAAAUCCGUUGGCGGCCAGUUUCGUGAAGAACUUUUACAGAUUGUUGACUCCCGGCAUCGUGGAGCUGGUCGUGGCAUCGUCGCUACCAAGGAUAUCCCCCAAGAGACUGCCCUGUUUACCAUCCCCAGGCACGCCAUUAUCAAUGUCUUGACCUCCGAGCUCCCAAAGAAGCUUCCCGGGGUCUUCAGCAGCUCCGCGAACGACGAUGCCGGGGAUGAAGACGAGGACAUGGACGGUUCCGAUGCACCGGACUCUUGGGGAUCACUCAUCCUCGUCAUGCUGUACGAGUACCUGCAAGGGGAUACCUCCCGUUGGAAGCCUUACUUCGACGUUCUGCCCGAUCAGUUCGACACGCCCAUCUUCUGGUCCGACGCCGAACUCAAAGAGCUCGAAGGCACUUCGUUGACCCCCGAGAAGAUUGGGAAGCAAGAAAGCGAUGCCAUGCUUCGCUCCAAGAUCCUCCCCGUCGUCUUACAGAACGCGUCCGUUUUUUAUCCUGAAGGGGCUGCCCAUCUUGGCGAGGACGAGCUUCUUCGACUGGCCCAUCGGAUGGGGAGCACCAUCAUGGCAUACGCCUUUGACUUGGACAACGACGAUGCGCCUGAAGAUGAGGACGAAGAUGGCUGGGUUGAGGACCGAGAGGGUCAGACUAUGCUGGGCAUGGUUCCGAUGGCGGAUACCCUGAAUGCCAAUGCCGAGUUCAAUGCGCAUGUAAACCACGGCGAAGCCCUCGAAGUCACGGCCAUUCGUUCCACUAUCCAAGCUGGCUCGGAGAUUCUCAACUAUUAUGGCCCCCUCCCAACUUCAGAGCUUCUACGGCGAUACGGCUACGUCACUCCCCAACAUCAGCGCUACGAUAUCGUCGACAUCCCCUGGAGUUUAGUCCGUACGAUCCUCCGGGACCACCUCGGUCUUUCCCAUGACGUCUGGAACAAACUUCAAUCUCAAAUGGACGAGGACGAGAUCGAGGACUCCUUCAUCAUCGAACGAGACUCUGGCGACCCCGACUCAGAAGGCCGCCUAACCGAGACCCCCGUGCUUCGCGAAAUCUCCUCCGAACUCGACGAACAGAUCAAGUCCUUCCUCAAAGCCCUGAAGAAGCUGGACGCCAGCCGUAUCCCCGACAAGCGCAAGAGAGACGACAUCCGCAACGCCGUCGUCGCGAAAGUUCUGGAUGCCAGGCUCGCGCAGUACCCCACCACGGCUCAAAACGACGAAGCUCUCCUGGCCAGGGAUGAUCUCCCCCACCGACACCGCAUGGCCGUCCACGUUCGGCUUGGCGAGAAGAAGCUGCUGCAGGAGGCCAUUGACCUGCUGCAAUCCCAGGCGCAGGGUGGUCUUCACUCCGAGAAUGAUCACGAGCCGUCCUCUAAGAGGCCGAGAAACUAGGGAGUGAUUCGAUUUGUUUGUAGUAACAGCGUCUUUCUCCAUGGUAAAGCCGGUGUCGCUGUUUAUCACAUCUGCGUCUCCCUUUCUAGCACCCCCUGAGUCUGUCUUGUGUGCUUUAAUUCAUGGUAGUAACCAUCCAAGAAGCUCACUUCCAAGCGUUGUUCGUAUCCUAAUGUCAUCAUGCCUUUUUCAGUCCGC